AGGCGGCGGCGGCGGCGGCGGCGGCGGCGGCGUGGGCUGGGCUCGAGCGGGCGGCGGCACCUCAGACUCCCGGCGCGGGAGCCCACGCGGGCGGGCGCCUGAAACAAAGAGAAGCGAGAGUCAGGGCGCCGCGGGUGCGCGGUCAGUCGGUCAGUGCAGAGCCGGCCAGCGGGUGCCCGCGGAAGCCCGGAGCCCGGCCGGCCGGCGCAGCCUCAGGGCGGGAAGAUGCCGCGCGUCGUGCCCGACCAGAGAAGCAAGUUCGAGAACGAGGAGUUCUUCAGGAAGCUGAGCCGCGAAUGUGAGAUUAAGUACACGGGCUUCAGGGACCGACCCCACGAGGAGCGCCAGGCGCGCUUCCAGAACGCCUGCCGCGACGGCCGCUCGGAAAUCGCUUUUGUGGCCACAGGAACCAAUCUGUCUCUCCAGUUUUUUCCGGCCAGCUGGCAGGGAGAACAGCGACAAACACCUAGCCGAGAGUAUGUCGACUUAGAAAGAGAAGCAGGCAAGGUAUAUUUGAAGGCUCCCAUGAUUUUGAAUGGAGUCUGUGUUAUCUGGAAAGGUUGGAUUGAUCUCCAGAGACUGGAUGGUAUGGGCUGCCUGGAGUUUGAUGAGGAGCGAGCCCAGCUGCACAUGGUUUGGGUCAUGCUGCUCUGCCUUCUGUGCUACCUCGUGCUGUUCCUCUGCCGACAUUCCUCCCAUCGUGGAGUCUUCCUUUCCGUCACCGUCCUCAUCUACCUACUCAUGGGUGAGAUGCACAUGGUGGACACUGUGACAUGGCACAAGAUGCGAGGGGCCCAGAUGAUUGUGGCCAUGAAGGCAGUGUCUCUGGGCUUCGAUUUGGACCGGGGCGAGGUGGGUGCAGUGCCCUCGCCUGUGGAGUUCAUGGGCUACCUCUACUUUGUGGGCACUAUCGUCUUUGGGCCCUGGAUAUCCUUCCACAGCUACCUACGGGCUGUCCAAGGCCUCCCGCUGAGCCGCCAGUGGCUGCAGAAGGUGGCCCAGAGCCUGGUGCUGGCCCUGCUGUGCCUUGUGCUGUCCACCUGUGUGGGCCCCUACCUCUUCCCCUACUUCAUUCCCCUUGAUGGUGACCGCCUCCUUCACAAGUGGCUGCGAGCCUAUGAGAGUGCUGUCUCCUUCCACUUCAGCAACUAUUUUGUGGGCUUUCUAUCUGAGGCCACAGCCACGUUGGCGGGGGCUGGCUUCACCGAGGAGAAGGAUCACCUGGAAUGGGACCUGACGGUCUCUAAGCCACUGAAUGUGGAGCUGCCCCGGUCCAUGGUGGAAGUUGUCACAAGCUGGAACCUGCCCAUGUCUUGUUGGCUAAAUAACUAUGUUUUCAAGAAUGCUCUCCACCUCGGGACCUUUUCAGCCGUGCUGGUCACCUAUGCAACCAGCGCCCUCCUGCACGGCUUUAGCUUCCACCUGGCUGCGGUGCUGCUGUCCCUGGCAUUUAUCACUUAUGUGGAGCACAUCCUCCGAAAGCGCCUGGCUCGGAUCCUCAGUGCCUGUGUCUUGUCGAAAAGGUGCCCACCAGACUGUUCACACCAGCAUCGUUUGGGCCUGGGGGUGCGAGCCUUAAACCUGCUCUUUGGGGCCCUGGCCAUCUUCCACCUGGCCUACCUGGGCUCCCUGUUUGACGCUGAUGUGGACGAUACCACAGAGGAGCAGGGCUACAGCAUGGCAUACACUGUCCACAAGUGGUCAGAGCUCAGCUGGGCCAGUCACUGGGUCACUUUUGGAUGCUGGAUCUUUUACCAUCUCAUAGGCUGAGGCACGUCUGUGGACCCUCACAGCUCCCUCAAGAACCCUCCUCUGGGUGCCAACUCUGAUGGGGGAUGAGGGAAGGCCCUCUCUCUAAUUUUUUUUUUUUUUCCCCUGCGGUACGCGGGCCUCUCACUGUUGUGGCCUCUCCCGUUGUGGAGCACAGGCUCUGGACACACAGGCUCAGCGGCCACGGCUCAUGGGCCCAGCCGCUCCGCGGCAUGUGGGAUCUUCCCGGACCAGGGCACGAACCCGUUGUCCCCUGUAUCGGCAGGCGGACUGUCAACCACUGUGCCACCAGGGAAGUCCUAAUUUUUGACCCUCUUUUUUGACCCUCUCUCCAUUCUUGACCCCCCCCGCCCAGUACCCCUACACACACACACACACACACACACACACACACACACACACACACACACACACACACACACACACACACACACACACACACACACACACACACGCACACACACACACACACACACGCACACACACACGCACACACACGCACUUCCAUCCAUGGGCCUCCCCGCCUUCCUUGUCUCUUUUUAUAUAUAGUUUGUUGUUAUCAAAUAAAGUUAGGAAGUAUUUUUUUUUAAGUAAGUAUAGAAAGUCUCAUGUUCUCAUAAUAUUGAUGAAUUCUGAAGAGAUUGAGACCCAAAUUUUGGUCCUGGUUUGGGGAAAGUUUUUCCUUCAGUGGUUCUAAAUUGCACUGGAUUACCACUAUGUGCUUAGUGAGGAGCUUGGCAGAUUCUCUCUCCAAAAAGCAGUGAUUAAACUUAACAAAAUUGUAAACAAACAAAAACCCAUUUAAGGUCUCUGGAAAUUAGCCAAAGGACAUAUAUUGAGAGUCAUUUAUUCAAACAAAGCUAGUGAAUUUCAGUAAGAACAGUGAUAAUGUGGCAGUUUAGUCAGGAGCUGCUCCCAUCUCCCUUAGCUCUGUGGUUCCUCAAGUUCUACCCUGGGCAGGCAGGACAAGCCAUGAGGACUGGCAGCUCUGCUGUCCUGUCAGAGGGAGCUGACUUUAUUUAGAGUAGCAUUUGGAAAAAUACAUGUCCAAGGCUGUUAUUGAAAACAAUAGCAGUCUCUGUGGCAAACAAUUGGAGAAAGCUAAUGUUUCAGGAAGCAACAAAAUGGCAGACUAGCCAGAAGUUUAACAGGGAAAUCUAGGGAAAGAGAUAGCUAAAGUAAGCCUUAUUGAGAUCACACUUAACCUCUCAUGGUCCAAAAGGCUGUGUACAUGUGCAAGGCUACACCUGUUCAAGAGAGGACAGAGAGAGCCCUUGAAAGCUGCUAGUCCCUGGCUGAAUACAGGGUAGACUGAUAAACUCCUUGCACUUUGAAAGUAAGCCACACACAGAUCCCAUGGCAAAGGAUUAGAAGCCUUCUGACUCAAGGUGUUUAAGCAAAACCUCUGACCAAUCAUUGGCUGACCACUAGGUUAUGUUGACCCAGGGGCAACCCCCUAGAAAGCAAGGCUUAAAAAGAAAAAAACUAAGCAGUGACAUCAGAGGCUGCACACUGCUGGGGAAACAGACUCCACACAACUAGGCAAGUCACUAAGUAGACAAACAAAAAACAGCAACAACAAGCUGGAGGCAGGGGUCAGAAGUCAGAGUUGCUACAGUAUAUUAUCUAAAACAUCCAAUUUUUAACAGGAAAUUAUAAGACAUGCAAAUAAGCACAAAAGUGUGACUGAUAACUCAGGGGAAAAAGCAGGCAGUAGAUACUCUGCCUCAGAUGAUGGUUCUUAGUGACAAAAGACCUAAAAGCAAUUCUUUUUCAGUGUGUUCAAAGAACUAAAGGAAAAUUUCUUCCUUUAAAGAAUUGAAGGACAAUUAUGACAGUGACUCAUGAAAGACAGAAUAUUAAUAAAGAGAUCUAAAUUUUUAAAAAGAAUUAAGUAGAAAUUCUAGAAUUGAAAAGUACAAUAACGGAAAUGAAAAAUUCACAGACUCAACAGAUUUAAGCUGGCAGAAGAAUUAGUGAACUUGAACAUAGAUUAAUAGAGAUUAUCCAGUCUCAAGAACAGAAAGAAGAAAGAACAAAGAAAAAUGAACAGUAUCAGAGGUUGUAGGACACCAGCACGCAGACCAACAUAUAUGUAAUGCAAGUCCUAGGUGGUAAGGAGAGAAAGAAAGGGGCAGAAAAUAUAUUUUAAGAAAUAAUGGCUGAAAACUUCUAAAUUUGAUGAAAAAUACUCAUCUCCAUGUCUAAGAAGUUUAAUGAACUCCAAGUAGGGUAAACAGAAAGAAAUCCACAACUAGGUACAUCAUAGCCAAACUGUUGAAAAACAAAGAGAAUCUUAAAAGCAGCAAGAAAUAGGCCUCAUUACAUACAAGGGAGCCACAAUAAGAUUAAGAGCUGACUUGUCUUUUGAAAUUAUGGAGGCCAGAAGAUAGUGUGAUAACAUAUUCAGAAUGCUGAAAGAACAUGUCAGACUAUCUGAUUAUUAGCGGGUGUUAAUUUUUUCAGUUGUUUAAUAUUAAUACUCUUAAUAAAGUUAAAAUAAUGGCAAGAAUAAAAAGCUCUCUUUUUGUUAUUUGUUAUUCCCAUUUUGUUCACCAUAUAUAGAAAUAUAGGAAUUUUCUUCUUAAGAGAUCAAAAAAUUAAACCUUCCUAGUAAAAAAUUCAGGUUCAAAGUUAAAAUUCUUAAGAAAGAAUCUCUGCUACCUUGAUUUCCACGGGGAUAAGGAAUACCCAAUUCCUUCAGAAAAAUAGUAAAUAAUUGGCAGUUUAGAGGGCUGUUUCUGUAAGCAGAUUGAAUUUAUGUAAGGGUGAAUUUCAGAUUGAGUUGACUUCUAAAACUGAAAUAUUUUGUUAAAGUGAUAGGUAAAAAUUUAAAGUUUAGCCCACAGUAUUUUCCAUACUGAGAAUUUCCCUGCUUUGUUGCCCUGGUCCACAAAUUGGGCUUUAUCACUAUAAAGUAAGUACCAUCUGUUGUCAUAGUAAACUAAUAUAAUAAUAGGUCUUACAUAAUAUAAAAAUUUUAAAGCAGGGGAUACCAACCAUUCAGUCAACUGUCAGCACUUCUCUGACGCUUUCCCCAUCCCCCAGUCUUCUGGAAGAUAGUAAAUGUAAAGAGGCAAUGAAGUAUAGAAGUUAGGAGUAGGCGCUUCAUGGUCAUGUAAUUGUGAUUCCUGGCCCCACCACUUACCAGCUAUUGUAGACGGCAUGUUUGUGUUCCCCCAAAAUUCAUAUUUUGAAGCCCCAACUUCCAAUAUGACUGUAUUUGGAGAUAGGACCUUUAUGGGGUCUGUUAAGGUUAAAUGAGUCCUAAGAGUGGGGCCCUGGUAUGAUAGGAUUAGUGUCCUGAUAAGACAUGCACAAGGGAGCUAAGCUUGCUCAAUCUCUCUCUCUGCCAUGUGAGAACAAAAUUCCCCAGUAGAUGCUCAGGUACCUGGUAGGCUAAGAGAUAAACAGAGGAUAGUCACAAUUACAUUUUUAAAAAUUAAAUUGUAUCAGUAUUUCAACUGAAAUAUUUUCACAGGUAUUGUCUUUUUGCCUUUGUUCAGAGUACCUUUGACAAACGUUGGCAAGGAUGCAGAACAACAGUUGGUGUGGUGUUUGAUUACAUAAAGUUGACACAACAUUUGGCAAUAAAUACUAAAACUGCACAUGUGUAUACCUAUGAUCCAGCAGUUCUGUCCUGAGGCAUGGUAUGCAAUGGGAAUGAAUACAUAUGUAUUCAUCAAAAGAUAGGUACUAGGGCAUUGUAGUGGCAUUAUUGGUUAAUAGCCAGAAACUAUAAACUGCCCAAAUGCCCACUAACAGUCAAAUGGAUAAAUUGCAUGUUCAUAAAGAGAAAUACAAUGAAAAUGAAAAACUACAACUAGCAUACCAAUAUGGGUGAAUUUCACAAAUACAUUGAGUGUAUUAGAAAAGCACAUGGUAUAUGAAUCCAUUUAUAUAAAAGUACAAAAGUAGGUAAAACUAAUAAUACAUGUUGUUAAAAGGAAGGAUAGUGGUUUAUCCUUGGGAGAGGAGGGUAGUUCCUGGAAUGGAGGAGAAGAUGGCCUCUGAGAUGCUGGUGCUGUUCUGUCUCUUCAUAUGGCUUUUAGUUACAUGGAAAGUUCAGUUUCUGAAGAUUCAUCAAGCUAUCUUUUAGGACAGUGCUGUCCAGUAGAAUUGAAAUGUGAGCCAUAUUAUGUAAAUUAAAAUUUUUUAAAAGCCACAUUUAAAAAGGUUUGAAAAUUAUUAAUUUUUAUAUUUUAUUUAUCCCAGUAUAUCCAAAAUAUUAUCAUUUGAACAUAAAAUCAAUAUAAAUAUUUAUUGGGAUAUUUACCUGGUUUGGUAACAAGUAUUUGAAAUCCAGUGUGUAUUUUCCACUUACAGACUCAAAUUAGCAACAUUUCAAGUAUGCAGUAGUCACACGUGGCUAGUGGCUACAGUAUUGGACAAUACAGUCUUAAGAUAUGUGUACUUUUUUGUAUGUGUAAAUAGUUCAAUAAAAUGUUAUAAAAGUCUCCCACAAAUGAAGAUAUUUCUGAGUAUAAUUGUAUAAAC